GUUUGACUAGUUUGUUAUGGCUUUAUGAUUGUCCAUCAACUGUGGACUUAAAAAAUCAUGAACAAAAGUUAAAUAACUCAACAAUUCCCAUAGUCUCAAUGAAAUAUUCAUCUAUGUUGAGUACAUUAGAAUUACGUAAAUCUAUCAAUUUUCGACGUUGGUUAAAUUGUCCCCUGAUAAAUUUAUAUGGUUCUUCUUUAUUGACUGAAACUCAAAUUGAAAAAUUAAUUGAAGCUAAUUUACUAACUUGUAAUGCUAUACAACAAACUGAAUGUAGACAAUUGGAAAAU